AUGUCAAACAUUUCGGCCGUCUGGGACCUCGUUCGCCGUAAGACGACGGCGGUACGAACAAAUGCUAAACGCGAGGAAGAGUCCGAUGGCGCCAUCGAUGCUAAUGCUCCCUUCGGGAUUUUGUCAGCGGAUGGCGAUCACGAUGUGAGGAUUAUGAUGCCAACAAGUCGACUUGCUACACCAUUGUCAGAGGCGGAUCCGGGGGACAAGCUUUGGCAACAAGCUUACGACAGGAUAAAGACUUCAAGCCCUGAGAUCAUGGCCGCAUACGAAAGAAUCUUAUCAAACGUGCUUAAAAAGGACGGAACCGUUCCAGGCAUGAAUAUAUCGCCACACCAACAACGGCUUCAAGUCAUUCAACAUACUCGGGAGUCCAUUCUGCGCGUGCCGCAGGAUGAGGCCGCGACUCGAAGUACAGAUCUAGAAGUGGCCGAAUCAAUGGUCAUGGCAACAACCAUGCCAUCAGUACUCGACAAAUAUCCACAAUCAGCACUCCCAUGGUCUGCCAAUUGUCUCGCCUUAUUGUCGCUAAAGAGAUAUGGAAGUCCUUAUCAUGACAACGCUUCUGCUAUUAUCGAGAUCGCUUUCAAGAUGAACUGGUACUGCAGUCUACCUUCUCUUCUGGUGGAAGCGAGCACUGUCUACCCAAGUGAAUUACAAACCAACCCAGAAGCCAGUGGGGAAGCAAUUGUUGCCCGUCUCUACGAGUCUCUGCUACGCUACCAGAUAGCCACUGCAAUUCUGGAAGGUCCUGACAUCGCCAACGAUUACGAUUUUGUGCAGCUCAGGGCUCAUGCGAACGAGAUUAAGGCGAAAGAGGAAAAGCUGCCGCCUCGUUGCAGAGAAGUUCUUCCGUCACAAUUCCAACCCGGUUGGCAGAACACAACGACUGAACAGGUCGUGAAGCAAGCACAACUGAUGAAGACGAAUCUCAACAACGUCACGGCUGUUCAACGCAAUCUUAUUUAUCAGCUAGCCGUUCAGAAGGCCGACCUCGUCCCGUACAUUUUGGAGAGAUACGAGCGUGAUGGGCCAGCAUUCGCCGACUCGUACAAAAUAUUGGCAGAUUUGCUGACUGACAUGCUGCGGGAUCCUUGUGCAGGAGAAACAUACUUGAUGGUCGACGCACUUGACGAAUGCCUCGACGAUGUGCCACUAUUAGAUCUUAUAAAUCGCACUGUCACCGAAAAGGAUUCUCGCACUAAAUGGUUCGUCACAAGCCGACAAAUUAUCGCCAAAAGUCGAUUCUCCCAGGACUGCAGACAAGUGGAAUUGCUAUUAGGGCAGCAUGCAAAGGAAAUUUCCAAGUCGAUAGAUUCUCUCAUGAAACUACGAUUGAGGGAAAUAGUAGCUGAGAAUAGGAGCAAAAAGCUAUCGAGAACGCUCCUACAGGCUAUUCAAGACCGGGCGCAAUCCACCUUCCAGUGGGCAUCUCUUGUUUUAGAAGAGCUGAAGUCUUUUCGGGACGAGGAAAGCCUUUUGAAUUCGAUCAACGAAUUGCCCACGUCUCUGAUUCAGAUUUACAGCAGAAUGAUGGACCAGAUUCAAAAGCUCAUGCCCGAAGCGAGACAACGUUGCUUAUUUGUUCUCUCAAUUAUCACCGUCUCACAGCGUCCUCUACAAAUCAUGGAGCUGACUAUCUUGGCAGAAUUUGGUGGGAUGUUCACCGGCGAAGCCGUCACAAGACAAGCCAUCACCGCCUGCGGCCCAUUCAUUACUAUCAUCAACGAAGACACAGUAUCUCUAGUGCACCAGUCUGCACAAGAAUUUCUUUCCGACAACCUUCUGUCAGGUGAACUGGGACCUACGCAUUUCACUAUCUUUUCGACAUCGCUGCGGCUGACUGCUGAGAAAUUGAAGCAGUAUGUGCAUCCUGCGCGAGCGGAGUCCCCAAUUAAGAGAUCAAUUGAAGUUUCGGAUUCGCUUACUUCUAUCCGCUACUCCUGCGUGUACUGGAUUGACCACCUUUGUGCUGCCAUCGACGCCGGGUAUGAUUACAAAAAGCUCAUUUCGACUGGCGAAGAAAUAAAGCUGUUCUUCUCAACAAGUCUUCUACGUUGGCUUCAGUGUCUGAGCCGCUUUGAAAGCCUGCCUGAUGGCUUACGAGCUAUCCCCCGCCUACUUUCUAAAGCUAGGAUACUCUACGGUUCUGACGCAGAGCUUGUCUUAUUGCUUCAAGAUGCCGAUGUGUGGUUAAAGGAGUUCUUCCCGGUUGUCUACCAAUACCCCGAACAGAUUUACGGAGCGCCACUUAUUUUCAGCCCCUCGAGCAAUCAAGUUCAAAAGCUUUUCCAGAGUCGCCGCUUCUCUUUCAUCAAACGCGUUUCCGCAGCUCAACCUCGUCUCCAUGGUUGCUUGGUCCUGGAGGGCCAUGAAGAUGUUGUCCGAUUUGUCGUCUUCUCGACCGAAGACAACACGCUCUUAUCAGCCUCAAAUGACCACAUGAUCAUCCACUGGAACUUUGCAGCUAUUAUUCAGAGAAAGUAUCAUGGGCAUCUGAGGUCCGUGCUUUCACUUGCCUGGAUUCCUGGACGCCGUGCAUUUGUGUCCGCAUCCAGCGACAAGACCGUACAGAUCACGGAUAUUCACAAUGGAACCACAUCAACACUAGCAACUUCGAAUGCAAUAGUGAAAGUGGUAGCCGUAUCUCCGAACGGUUCCGAAGUCUUGUUUGUUUCAAGAGAACCAGCCGUUCAUCUGCUUGAGCUCAGCUCUGGCCAAUCAAUCUGGACAAGGAGUGAUUUCAGCUGCCGCGUCAAUGGGGUCGACUUCUCUCCCGAAGGAGAAACAGUUGCUUUAGCUCUUCACGAUGGCACAAUUCAGAUUUGUGACACUUCCACAGGAAAGGUAUCUCAGACACUUUGUGGAGGUCAUGAGCAUACUGUUUUCGCGGUAGCUUUCUCCCGAGACGGAGAACUUCUCGCAUCAGCUUCUCAUGAUGAACGUGUGUGCGUCUGGAAUGCCUCAAAUGGUACAGUUGAUAGCACGCUGGUAGGCCACACUGGUGCCGUGUUUUCCGUUGCCUUCUCUCCAGAUAGGCAAAUGCUCGUAUCUACUUCGAGUGACGAGUCAGUGCGGAUCUGGAACCCCAACACCGGCGACCUCAUGGCUACUCUUCAGGCCCACAGCAAUUGGGUAAAUAGCGUAGCGUUUUCAGUUGACGGCAAGCUAUUUGCGACGGGCUCUCAUGACAAAACUGUGCGGAUCUGGGAUGUCAGUAUCAUAUCCAACCACAGUCAGGUAUCGAGCGACAGCCAGGGUCACAAUGCCGCAGUCAAAUCUGUUACCUUCUCACCAGAUGGUAAAUUUGUCGCAUCGAUUUCGAAUGAAAAGACGGUGAAGCUGUGGAAUUCGAUCACGGGAGAUCUUUUCCGCACGCUCGCGGGCCACCUUUGGAACGUUCAGGGCGUGGCCUUCUCCCCAGAUCAUUCCAUGCUUGCUUCGGCGUCGAACGAUAGAACCGUGUUGAUCUGGGACAUUAUCAAAGAUGGAAAACCGCGACGGCUUGCAGGCCACACCAGGCCGGUCAACUCAGUCGUCUUCUCCGCCGAUAGUUCGAGACUUGCCUCCGCAUCCAAUGACACUACAGUAAGAAUUUGGGACGUUCCUACGGGACAAUGCGUACGGGAGCUCAAAGGUCAUAAUGACUGGGUAAAUACAGUGGUGUUUUCUCAAGAUGGCAAGAUCGUUGCUGCGGCAGCUAGAGACAAGGUCGUGCGUCUCUGGAAUGCACAACCUGGAACAAAGCCAAUGGAACGGUCGUUUACUCUUGACCGUCUCGCAACGUCCCUGGAAUUUUCUGAAGACGGCAACCACAUUAAAGCGUGUGGCCAAUGGUUCGAUACGAAUACGUGCAAGGCAAGUAAGGAGGCACGGCCAGAACAACCAGCUGCACGAACGAUCAUCAAAAGUGAUUGGAUCCUUCAAGACGGGGAAAAAGCCCUAUGGCUUCCGCGGGAUUAUAGACCUACGUGCUCAGCACAGCAUGGGAAUUCACACGCUCUCGGUCUUUCCUCCGGCAGAGUAGCGAUUUUGGAAUUCGACUGGGCGAAGAUUGGACUUGAUGAGUGA